AUGGACUCCCUGGCUGCCCGCUCCAGCUCGGCGGACGACCUCGCCAGCGCCUGGCCUGCCGCUUCUCCCCAUCAUUCCCGGCCGUCGAUCCUCACAUCCGGCCUGCACGCGCCCUCGCCCGUCGAGCAGCGCUCUCCCGCCUCCGCCUCGCCCUGGACACACCCCGUCUCUUUGUCCGGCUCUCCCGAACUCUCAGGCUCUUCAUUUCCCUCAUCGGCAGGCGCGCAGGCUGCAGCAGGUCAGCAAGGCCACGACCUCCGCAAUAUAUUUUCUGCCCCGCUCAACCCAGCAAUGUUUGCCCAACUCGCUGCCAACGGCUUGCUCGGCCCGUCGCAUUCAUCAGGCUCUGGCCAGGGCGUGAGCUCGAGUGUGCCCUCUCACAGGCUACACGAGUCUCGCAGCGCCGGCACCACGCGCCACAACGGACACGGCUUCCCUUCGCCACCCAUGCUCUCCAGAUCCUAUGCACCGGGCUUCCCGGGAAAGUCCAAGCACUCCAACUCUCUCGGGCAGCACGGCUACCCGUCCAACGACCCCCGCCAUCCCAUCAAUACCUCUUUCGAGUUUGCGAAGCCACACUCUCGCUCUGCACAACAUUCACGCAACCACUCAGGCUCCAGCCAGUACGAAAGUUAUGGUCUCGAGUUGAGCGGCCUUCCGUCCAACGCGGGUUUGCCGCCAUCACUAUGGAUGUCUCCGACAAGUACAGCACCAUCCACGCCUUCCGUUGAGCAAGGUUAUGGACCCUUCACGCCACAUCCCAUGAACGGCACGCUCUACGGCCACCCGUCACUCACGCCGCAUCACCCUGAGUUUGACGCAUCAAGCUCGGCUGCUACUAGCAUACUCAGUGAUGUGCUUCACGAGAAUAUGUUUGGUGCAGGUAGCAAUGGCGGUGACCCUGCGACUGGUUUCACAAGCCCUCUCAUGCCCGGUUCACCUGGCUUGCAAGACGUUCUCGGUGACACUGAAGCUCUGUCGAAGAGUGAUCCUCUCAACACGCAGAAUAUCACGUGGCGGAUGGAACAGCUCCGGAUCCAGAAACAGCGUGAAGACGAGGCCCGUGCGCAGGCCGCCGCUGGUUCAGGAGACGUCAAGAACGAGCCAUCCGACGACGAUAAUGCGCUCGGCGACUCCAGCACAGGCGGGCGUGGCCGUGCGAGGGAUAAGGGCAAGACCAAGGUGUCGAUCGUCGGGUUCGAUGGGACGAACCAGGACGGCGAUGGCGAGGACGAUAACGACGAUACGGUGCCGAUGGACUGGCGCGCGAUGUCUCGCUCGCGUUCGCGCGUCGGCAUGGACUGGCGCCCCCUCUCGCGAUCCCGCUCACGGCCGCCACCCGCCGACGCCCCAGGCUCGGCCCUCCAUCCGGGCCCGUUCGCGGACCCGCUCAUAUCGCACUUCGACGCCCCGACUCGGCGCUUCACGGACCCGCAAUCGAAUGGCCGGCCGAGUUCUCCUUUUGGCGGGCAUGGCGGUCUGCCCGCUUUACCCGAACAUGCGCAUGAAGAUGUGCUCCGAUACGCGUUCCCUUCACUCGAUGGCGCUGGACCCGACUUCCACCUCAACCAUGGCGGCCAUCCCAGUAGUCUCCCAGCUGCGUAUGGGCUUGGCCUUCUCCCCGCCUCCUUCGACGCGCACCACCACCACCAUCAUCACCAUCAUCAGUCCCAAGGCUUCCCCCGCCAUGUCCGCAAGACCUCCUUCGACCACACCGUCUCGCGCGAGAGCAUGCUCCCGCCUGCACCCGGCGGCGCGCGCCACCAGGUAGACGGGCGUCCUGCCGCACAAGGCGCGAUGAAGCGCCGCGCCGAUGCGCACCAUGGCGACUCGCUCCUCCGCGGCGAUCCCGCGAGUAUCCCUGGUCCCGGCCUCUCCCUGAACCUCAACCUCGGCUCCAUCCCCCGCGCCGGUCCUCCCACACCUGGCGGUCCCCGUAGCCCGUACGCGUUCGGAAGCUCGCAUGGGCAACCGGGCGGAUACGACGGCUUCUUCGAGCUUGGAAACAGCGAGUAUGCGCCUGUCAUGCCCACGAGCGACGAAGUGAGGCAUCCUGCCGCAUUGAGCGCUGCCGCGGCAGCAGUCGAAGCCGCGUAUCGCGAGCAGGUCGCUCAGAGCGGUGGUGCGCCGGCGGACUUUGACUAUGGUGUCGGAGUCGGCGUCAGCAGUUUGAUGGGAUUGGGACCGUAUAAUGGGCUCGGGAUGGGUCUGGGUUUGGGUGGAAGCGUUGGUUAUGGCACGGUUGACCCGGGUCAGAUUAUGGGUCCGCCUGCGAACGAGGCGAGUCCGAGUAGCGACGGGUGGGGCGCGCGGGCCGGCGGACAGAGUAGUUCGACGGCCUCGCCCGAGCCUGCGCCGUCCGGCCGCGUCGUGGCGGGUAGUAAGCGCGCGGGCGCGGCAAGGGGUGUACGACCCAGUGCGAGUACACCUGACCUCCGCAAAGGCGACGCGAAGGGAAGUGGGGAGAAGAGCGAGAAAGGCGAGAAGAAGGAUGGAGCAGAGGUCGAGGAGCGCGAGGUGUCGAUCACGGUUUGUACGAACUGUUCGACUACGAAUACGCCGCUCUGGAGGAGAGAUCCGGAGGGGUUGCCGUUGUGUAACGCGUGCGGCCUGUUUUAUAAACUGCACGGGGUCGUGCGCCCUCUAUCGCUCAAGACGGACGUGAUCAAGAAGCGGAACCGCGCUUCGGCGGGGCAAGGCGGCCAGCGCAAGAACAGCGCUACGGGUACGUUGCAGCCUAAAGGCGCCAAUGGACGGCCUAGAAGCAGCACGACGUCGAACACGCCCGCUGCGCCGGCUGGGAGCAGGCUCUCGCCUGGUCGUCAGGGCGCUGCGACCGCUGCCGCUGCUGGGUCUGGCGGAGUCGGCAGUGGGAGCACGAAGCGGCAGCGGAGGAGCUCCAAGGCUUCGAUCCUUGCAGAGGCGGGGGAGGGGAGUCUGGACGGCGGCAAGGAUUCGACUGUUGGGAGUGGUAUCGCGACGAAGUAG